AUGUUUAUUCUUUGUCUGCUCGUUUCUCUCAUCUCAUCGAUUGAUGUAACAGCUAUAGCUGUGUCUCGCUCAGAGUACCCAUUAUCUCAGGGCGCUGCACAUGGUCCCUCAACUAGAUUGACCAUAGGCAAUGCAGUCAUUGGUCCCGAUGGCUUCGUACGCCCAGCAACUGUUGUCAAUGGCAUGUUUCCUGGACCCUUGAUUGCAGCUCAGAAGGGUGAUCUGUUUAAUAUUGAGGUGGUCAACCAACUCAGCGACGAAUCUAUGUUCCUGCAAACCAGUGUUCACUGGCAUGGCAUCUCCCAGAAUCGGUCAAACUAUGCCGAUGGGACGGCCUUCGUCACACAAUGCCCCAUUACGCAGAACCACUCUUUUCUACAUACUUUCACUGCGGAAAACCAGACAGGCACUUUCUGGUAUCAUAGUCAUUUUUCCUCUCAAUAUGCAAGUAUCACUCGAACCUUGCAUUGUGAUGGUCUCAGGGGAGCCCUGAUCAUCUAUGACCCUGACGACCCUUUGGCACACAUGUACGAUGUCGACGAUGAAACUACCGUGAUCUCACUUGCCGACUGGUAUCAUGUUGUAUCCCCCAAAUUGCUCGGUGUUCCAUCUAUUGCCGAUUCUAUGCUUAUCAAUGGACUCGGUCGCCACGUUGGCGGACCCCCGUCUGAUCUUGCAGUGAUCAAUGUGACGCCGGGAAAGCGAUAUCGCCUGCGCCUGAUUCAAAUGUCAUGCCAAUCCGACGUCAAAUUCUCCAUCGAUGGUCACAGCUUGACUGUCAUCGAAGCGGAUGGACAGCCGACAGAACCUCUGGUGGUUGAUCAGCUCCAGAUCCUUGCGGGCCAGCGCUACUCUGUGGUUCUAGUAGCCGAUCAGUCGGUGAGAAACUACUGGAUACGCGGUCUUCCUAAUACGCCGGGUGCAAACUACAUCGGAGGAGUGAACUCUGCUAUCCUACGCUAUCAAGGCGCCCCAGCGGUCAACCCGAUUACGGUCGCUCUUCCACCCACGAAGCCAUUGCAAGAGACCAACUUGCAUGCUCUGGGCAGUCCCGGUGUCCCUGGUACUCCAGGGUACGGGAACGCAGAUGUCAACCUCGACUUGGAGGUUAGCGUCAAAGCCCCAGACUUCCAAUUCUAUAUCAAUGGUAUCACAUUCGGAAACACCACCCUUGGAAACCACACCGUUCCUGUUCUACUUCAAAUUCUUAGUGGAGCUCGACAAGCUACUGAGCUGCUCCCAGCCGGAAGUGUGUACGUUCUGGAGCCCAACAAAGUGGUAGAGGUAACGAUAGGAAUGCAAAGCGCUAUCGGUGGACCUCAUCCCAUUCAUCUUCACGGGCAUGCAUUUGAUGUAGUACAGAGUGCGGGCAGCAGUGCUUACAAUUACGUGAACCCUGUUCGCCGUGAUGUGGUCAGCGCUGGGCAUCCUGGGCAAAGAACGGUGAUCCGAUUCGUGACUGACAACUCUGGCCCCUGGUUCUUGCAUUGCCACAUCGACUGGCACCUUGCAGCCGGUUUUGGCGUAGUUUUCGCAGAAAGUCCCGCGGAUACCCCCGCAUAUGUGGACCCCGUGCCAGCUGAGUGGGACCGCUUGUGCCCAAUCUAUGACAAUCAGCCGAAUUUCACGCUACCUCACAUCCCUAACAUUCAGAUUUGA